AUGACAGCUCACUGCCGGCCAUCCCUCUUACUAACCCCCUUUACAAAGGGGGGAGCUGCCCCCUUGUAUCUCACCCCCCUUCCCCCUUUCCUUCCUCCAGCCCCUGCCCCACCCACAAUAAUCGCCUCCCCCCCACUGCUGCACCCGCAGCAGGGGGGAGGUAGGAGAAGGGGCGGUGCAGGAGCCGCUUGGGCGACAGCAGGUUGGCCACACCCGCCACACCCAUACCCUCCCCCCCACUGCUGCACCCGCAGCAGAGAGAUCGAGGAGAAGGGGGGGGGCGGGGGGGGGCUGGUGCUGCAGGUCCCCUCCCCCCACUGCCGCAUCCGCAGCAGGGGGAUGGCAGAUCGCUUCCCCCCCACUGCUGCACCCGCAACAGGGGGAGGUAGGAGAAGGAUGAGAGGGGGGGGGGGGGGGGUCGGUGCUGCAGAUCCCCUCCCCACUCCUGCUGCACCCGCAGCAGGGGGAGGGGCGGCAGGUCGCGAGGAGCCAUGGCUAGGGGCGACGGGGCCAUGGCUAGGGACGGGGCCAGGUGCUGGCCUAGGGGCGGGGCCGGGUGCUGGGCAGGAACGGGGCCGGGCGUUGGGCAGGUAUGGGGCCGGGCGCUGGCCGUUACAGGACCGGGCGCUGGGCAGGUACGGGGCCGGGCGCUGGGCAGGUUCGGAGCCGGGCGCUGGACAGGUACGGGGCCGGGCGCUGGGCAGGUACGGGGCCGGGUGCUGGGCUAGGGACGCGGCCGGGUGCUGGGCAGGAACGGGGCCGGGCGCUGGGCAGGUACAGGGCCAGGCGCUGGGCAGGUACGGGGCCGGGCGCUGGGCAGGUACGGGGCCGGGCGCUGGCAGGUACAGGGCCGGGCGCUGGGCAGGUACGGGGCCGGGCGCUGGGCAGGUUCGGAGCCGGGCGCUGGGCAGGUACGGGGCCGGGCGCUGGGCAGGUACGGGGCCGGGCGCUGGGCAGGUUCGGGGCCGGGCGCUGGGCAGGUACGGGGCCGGGCGCUGGGCAGGUACGGGGCCGGGCGCUGGGCAGGUAUGGGGCCGCGCGCUGGGCAGGUACGGGGCCGGGCGCGGGCUAGGUACUGGGCCGGGCGCGGGCUAG